GCAAGCCCCUCCAUCAUUUACAACUCCCACAACCACAAUGGCGUCAGAAACGAUUCUGCCCAAGAAGGGCGAGCGCAAUAUUCUCGUUACUAGCGCAUUGCCCUACGUGAACAAUGUUCCUCACCUGGGCAACGUCGUCGGCUCCGUGCUGAGUGCUGAUGCCUUUGCGAGAUACCACAAGGCCUGCGGACGGCCAACUCUAUACAUUUGCGGAACGGACGAAUAUGGUACAGCAACUGAAACCAAGGCGCUGGAGGAGAAGGUGACGCCGGAGGAGCUUUGCGCCAAGUACAACAAGAUCCAUCAGGAAGUGUACGAGUGGUUCAACAUUGGCUUUGACCACUUCGGUCGCACUCCUACUGAGAAGCACACUGAGAUCUCUCAGGCCAUCUUCAAGCGCCUCUGGGAUAACGGUUUCCUGGGUGAGCGGACGGCCGAGCAACCGUUCUGUGAACAGCACGGCUCGUUCUUAGCGGAUCGUUACGUUGAGGGUGAAUGCCCCCGGUGUCACUAUGACGAUGCGCGUGGAGAUCAGUGCGACAAGUGCGGUCACCUCCUCGAUCCCUUCGAUCUUAUCAAGCCCCGCUGCAAGCUCGAUGGAGCUACCCCGGUUCGCCGCGAGACCAAACACAUCCACCUGCUGUUGGACAAGCUCCAGCCGGAGGUUGAGAAGUGGGCGAAUGAGGCCAUCGAGAAGGGUGAAUGGCCGAAGAACUCGCGUGUCAUCACUGAGUCUUGGUUGAAAGAAGGAUUGAAGGACCGUGGCAUCACCCGUGAUCUGAAGUGGGGUGUUCCCGUCCCGUUGGAGGGCUUCGACAACAAGGUGCUGUAUGUGUGGUUCGAGGCUUGUAUUGGCUACCCUUCGAUCACCGCCAACUACACCAAGGACUGGGAGCUCUGGUGGCGCAACCCGGAGGACGUGAAGCUGUACCAGUUCCUGGGUAAGGACAAUGUGCCUUUCCACAGUGUCAUUUUCCCGGCUACCCAGAUCGGUACUCGGGACCCCUGGACUAUGAACCACCACCUGAGUGCCACAGAAUACUUGAACUACGAGGGUGGUAAGUUCAGUAAGUCGCGUGGCAUUGGUGUGUUCGGCACCAACGCCAAGGAGACCGGUGUACCUGCGGAUGUGUGGAGAUACUACCUGCUUAAGAACCGCCCUGAGACCGGCGAUACACAAUUCGAAUGGCGUGCAUUCGUUGACGCCAACAACAGCGAGCUGCUGGCGAAGCUGGGCAACCUGGUCAACCGUGUCAUCAAGCUUGUUACUGCUUCCUACGGCGGCGUGAUCCCCGAGUUCUCUGCCCCUGAGGACUUCAAGCCGUACCUGGAGGAGAUCACCACCUUCACCCGCCAGUACGUUGAGGAGAUGGAAAGUGUCCACCUCCGUGCCGGCGUCCAGACCGCCAUGAGAAUCACCGAGGUUGGCAACGGUCUGAUCCAGGCCAACCGCCUGGACAACUCUCUCAUUGCCAAUGAUCCCGAGCGCGCCGCAGCCGUCGUGGGUACCGUGCUGAACUUGAUCCACCUGCUGUCCGCCUUGUUCUCCCCGUACAUGCCUGCCACCGCCAAGUCCAUGCUGAGGCAGCUGGAUGCCCCCGUUUUGUUGAUCCCCACGCUGGAUGAUCUCAAGGACGGCUGGAAGCCUACCUGUCUCAAGGCCGGCCACAAGAUUGGCAAGGCUGAGUACCUGUUCUCUCGCAUUGAUCCCAAGAAGGCCGACGAGUGGCGCGAGGUGUUUGGCGGAUCGCAAGCCGAGAGAGCCAAGAAGGCCGAAGAGGCCGCUAAGGUUGCUGCUAAGAAGGCCGCAGCCAAGGCCAAGAAGAACGCGAAGAAAGCCACCAAGGCUACCGGCGUCGAGGCCACUGCCAAGGGUGGUGCCGAGAGCCCCAGCGUCGAAGAGGGUAUUGAAAAGGUCACCGACGGCGUGGCCCAAGUCACUCUCCCCACUUCGUAA